UUGGAAUACGCUGGUUUCGUGGUAUGUUAAGACGGAAAGAUAUGCAGAAGCAGUGAAGCAGUUUAGGAUGAUGAUGGGAAUGAGAAUAACACCGAGUGCUGUCAGUUUUGUCAAUGUUUUCCCUGCACUUUCCGCUAUGGGAGACUAUACAGUAUGCUUCUUAGGUUGGGUGGGGAAUACGUGACUGACUUGUUUGUUGUGAGCUCGGCAAUAUUUAUGUAUGCCGAGCUUGAAUAUGCUAGGAAGAUUUUUGACCAUUGUUCCGAGAGAAAUACAGAGAUUUGGAACACUAUGAUCGGUGCAUAUGUUCAAAACAACCGUCCUAUUGAAGCGAUCGACCUCUUCUUUCAAGCUGUAAACUCAGAAGUGGCUAUUCUUGAUGAGGUGACUUUCCUAUCAGUUUUAACUGCAUGUUCACAGAUGCAACAGUUGGAAUUAGCUGGACAGCUGCAUGCUUUUAUCAUCAAGCAUUUGAGAUCGAUGCCCGUUAUUUUACUCAAUGCGACUAUCGUAAUGUAUUCAAGGUGCAAUUCUGUUGACAUGUCAUUCAAAAUUUUUCAUAAGAUGCCUGAGAGGGAUGUUGUUUCAUGGAAUACUAUGAUUUCUGCAUUCGUGCAAAAUGGUUUAGAUGAUGAAGCUUUGAUGCUUGUUUAUGAGAUGCAAAAGCAAAGGUUCAUGAUUGAUUCGGUAACUGUAACUGCUCUACUUUCGGCUUCAUCAAAUCUUAGAAAUCCAGAUAUUGGAAAGCAGACUCAUGCUUAUCUUAUUAGGCAUGACAUACAAUUUGAGGGGAUGGACAGUUAUCUCAUCGAUAUGUAUGCUAAAUCUGGCUCAGUAAGGAUCGCAGAACGGGUUUUCAAAAAAGACUACAGCCGUGAUAGAGAUCAGGCUACUUGGAAUUCUAUGAUUGCUGGGUACACACAGAAUGGGCUAUCUGAAGAAGCUUUCUUUGUCUUUAGGCAGAUGCUUGAGCAAAAUCUAAUCCCAAAUGCUGUGACCUUAGCAUCGGUUCUCCCAGCUUGUAAUAUAGUGGGAAACAUAGAUAUGGGUAAGCAACUCCAUGGGUUCUCUAUCCGCCACUACCUUGCCCAAAACGUCUUCGUGGGAUCUGCUCUAAUUGACAUGUAUUCCAAAUGUGGUGCAGUCACUUAUGCUGAAAAUGUUUUCGCUGGAUCCCAUGAGAAGAACUCUGUCACAUAUACCACAAUGAUACUGGGCUACGGUCAGCAUGGAGUGGGUGAGAGAGCUCUCUCUUUGUUUCACUCAAUGCAGAAAUCUGGCAUUGCACCUGAUGCCAUAACCUUUGUUGCAGUCUUGUCUGCCUGCAGUUAUGCUGGUUUGGUUAACGAAGGUCUUUUGAUAUAUGAUUCAAUGAAAAGGGAAUACAAUAUUAAACCACUAACGGCACACUAUUGCUGUAUAGCAGACAUGUUAGGGAGGGUUGGGAGAAUGGUUGCCUACGAGUUUGUCAAAGGGUUGGGCGAAGAGGGUGAUGCGAUGGAAAUUUGGGGCUCACUUCUUGGGGCGUGCAGAAUUCAUAAACAUUUUGAAUUGGGAAAGAUUGUUGCUGGGAAAUUGCUUGAACUAGAGGCAGCAAAUGGCAAAAGGGGCUACCAUGUUUUACUCUCAAAUAUGUAUGCCGAGGAAGGCAAGUGGGAAAACGUGGAUAAUGUGAGGAAACAAAUGAGGGAAAAAGGUUUGAGGAAGGAGACUGGAUGUAGUUGGAUUGAUAUUAGCGGUUUUUUGAACUGUUUCGUAUCUAGGAACCAAAACCAUCCUCAGGGUGAUGAGAUAUAUGAUAUAUUGGAGGAAUUGACUGUGAAGAUGAAAGAUACUGGUUAUAGGCCUUCUCUCAAUUCUUCCUUCGAUGCAAUCUUGGAACCUUAUGACUGAUGAAGAAUUCUUGAAAGAAGAU